AUGUCCAAGUACCCACCAGGGCCAUCGCAGCCCCCCACCAUCCUGCCCCCGGCACACGCAGAGUCCAAGAGGGACCGCAAGCGUCGCGAGACUGUCAACAAGAUUGAGCUCCUCCACAGUGGGAGCUGGGCAAACCGUGACGAGAAAUUCUCCCAGCAGUACAAGGAGUACCACAACGAGAACAAGCUGGUCAACACGCAACCCCCUACAUCAUCACACUACCUCCUCCGCCUCUACCCCAAGACUGUCGAGCGUGAUGCUUUCUUGCAGGCCGCCGAGACCCACUACAACUACAAGGUCAGCCAGGCAACGAAGAUGUAUGAGAGUGAACGCGAGUACAUUGAAGGCAUGUACUGGGAGUCCCGCGACCAGCUGCGCCAGCGUCUGCUGAGCCUGGUUGAGGAGCGUCGUCGUAAACUGCGCGAGGAGAAGGAAGGUGGUGACAUUGUGACUGAGUCGCUCCUUGAGGCGCAGGCCCGGCCCCGUCCACGCCGUAUGCCGUUCCGUGCGCGCGUCGAGCCCCGCUCGUCGAGCAGGAGUGCGACCCCCAACCUCAAUCUCCGCAGUCAGCCCGAAUCUGGCCUGUCUAGCCCCAACGACGCCGCAAAGUCCAACGACCUGCUUCUCCACUCGAUGCUUGCGCCGGCCUUGGCCAUCAUCAGCACGGACGACAUUAUGCACCACGACACGUCGUCGCUCGAGAUCAAGCGCCUCAACAUUGCCCAGGGCUACAGUGUCACCACUGGCAAGCGCGGACCACGAGGCAAGGCGGCUGAAAAGGACCUCGAUGUGGGUGCUGCCCCAGGCACAAGUGCUGCUCUGGCUAUCGCGAGCGGGCAAGCCCCUGCCCCAGCGACGACGGGUGGGAAACGUGGCGCCGGUGCUCAAUCUGGCUGGGUCCUCGGCAAGGCUCUCAACGAUAUGAAGCGCAUGGAGGAGGCCAGCUUGCUGGAGCGCGACAGCGACUGGGCUCGCAUCCAAGGCUCUCAGACUGGUCGUGGCCGUCGUGGCCGUGGUGACUGA